GGGCUCGAACGCGGCGCGGCCGGGCGGAGCGGCGGGGCGCCCUGGCGGGCAUGGGUUGGAAUUGGAGCCACUCCCCCGACCUGACUACAACCAGCAUCAUGUGGUUACUAACUGCUCUUCAUUCACUUCUUGAUGCCUCCCAGAAAAAAACGCCGCCCAAGUUGCCAGAAAGCCCAGCUGCUAUUCCACCAUCAGCCACUGGAGAGCCCCAAACACCGCUAUGGAUCUCCACAGCUUCCCAUCACCUACACUAGGCAGGUGCCCAGCAAGCCCAUUGACCACAACACCAUCACUUCCUGGGUAUCACCUCAGUUUGAUACAACAGCAGAAAACUCGUUCCCAGCCAACCGGAAACGUCGUCGCCGAGACCAGGCAAGACAUUCAAGUCGAAAAUCUACCACCUCCAAGUUUCCACAUCUAACAUUUGAGAGUCCACAGUCUUCUUCCAGUUCAGCCACACUUGGGAUCCCCUUAACCGGGGGAUACCCCAAUCAAUCAGAAAAGGACAUUUCCAGAAGGCCCUUCGUUCCAAUGCUCAGUCCCCAGAGCUGUGGGGAGCUGUCAUCACACGCACUUCAAAACUUGCCUUAUGUGUUCAUUCCACCUGAAAUCCGGACCCCAGAGUCAUCUUCUGUGAAGGAGGGGCCCAUUCCCCCAGAUCAGAGGGAAGACAGCCUUCCAAGCUGCUCCCUUCACACUAGUACUCCCAAGAGCCCAGAGCCUGGGCCUGUUCUGGUUAAAGACACUCCUGAGGAGAAGUAUGGGAUAAAGGUCACGUGGAGGAGACGAGGGCACCUGUUUACUUACCUCAAGGAGAGAGGGAAGCUGAGCAAAAGCCAGUUCCUUGUGAAAAAGUGACUGGGUUUCUCAGAUAACAGUAAUCCCAAGAAAUUGAUUGCUGGUUUUCACAGAGUUGCUCAAGUCACUUUUCUGGCUCACAAGGUAGCACAUCGAUAGAAUAAAGUGGAAAUAAUACCAAUAACAUCAAUAGAAAAAGAUAUUUUAACUAGACCCCUGGAGUCAUAGGGAAUUCAAUUCCCAGAUUUACUUUUUUAAAUAUCUUGUCAUAAACAGUUCUUAGUGUCAUAAACUGUUUACUUCAUAUUUUUCUUGUAUUAACUGUUUCAAAUUUUAACAUAUCUUGUAGUAACUGUUUAAAAUGUAUGUAAGCAAAUGGUUGCAGGAAGUUUUUAGAGAACCCUGCUUCUGACUGCCCCCUCCACAGAGGGUCUUUCCUAAUCGUUUCCUUUAGCCACUACUCGUUAAUCCUUUAGUCACCUCAUGCAAACCAAUUCAUUCCACAGUUUUGAGUACUGACUCUGUGUCAGGCUCAGUGGCAGCUUCCUCUAUGACCUGAUGGAUGGAAAAAAUC